GCCUCGCGGGCCCGCUCCGCGGCUGGGGGCGCACCCAUGAAGAUGGACCCGAGCUGGCCGGCCUCCCCAGCGGACGGCCCGGGUCCCGACCCAGAGCCCGGUGGGCCCGGAGCGCCCGCCGCCCCCGCCCCGCUCCCUGGGCUCGGCCCGCAGGACCUCGCGGCCGGCGCGGAUGCUGGGCGAGCUCCAGGGCGGGAGCGGCGGCCGCAGCGCUCGAGCCGGGACUCCGACCCCGACCCGCCGCUGCCGGAACUCGGCCCGCUCUUUUCCUGGACGACGGAGCCGGAGGGUGACGGCCCCCCGCACAGCGCGUCUGUCCGCGCGCAGGACUUCAGCCGCAGCCAUCACCUGAGGGGCGAGGUCGACUUCUUUCCUUCCUUCGCGUCCCCCGCGGUGGGCGAGCCGGCCCUGGAGCUGGGUCCCGGGGACCCGGACCGGUCCUCAGACUUUAGCCAGACCCGCCCCCUAACGAGCGAGCCCGCGGGGUGUCCGGAGGACGGUCCCCGCCUCCGAGCCGUAUUCGAUGCCCUGGACGGGGAUGGGGACGGCUUCGUCCGCAUCGAAGACUUCGUCCAGUUCGCCACCGUCUAUGGGGCAGAACAGGUGAAGGACUUAACGAGGUACUUGGAUCCCAGUGGGCUCGGCGUGAUUAGUUUCGAAGACUUCUACCGAGGGAUCACAGCGAUCAGAAAUGGAGCAGAUCCCGAUGGCCAGCUCUGCAGCGUCACGCCUGCCCCCGACGAGGAGCCGCCAGCCUGCCCCGAGGAGUUCGAUGACUUCGUUACCUUUGAGGCCAACGAGGUGACAGACAGCGCAUACAUGGGCUCCGAGAGCACCUACAGUGAGUGUGAGACCUUCACGGAUGAGGACACAGGCACCCUGGUGCCCCCCGAAUGCCUGGACGCCGCGGAGGAGCCCGGCCAUGGCGCCCUGCUGCUGCUUCCAGGCAGGUCCCACCUGCACAGCCAGUCGGUCGUCACGGUGAUAGGAGGCGAGGAACAUUUCGAGGACUAUGGUGAGGGCAGUGAGGCGGAGCUGUCCCCAGAGACCCUCUGCAAUGGGGAGCACGGCUGCAGAGACCCCGUCUUCCUCACCCCCAGCGCUGACCCGCUUGCCGCCAAGCUGCACAGCAUCCUCACGGAUGAGGCUUUUGAGUUUUACUGUAGCCAGUGCCACAAACAAAUCAACCGCCUUGAGGAUCUUUCUGCUCGCCUGAACGAUCUUGAAAAGAAUAGUCCAUCGAAGCGGCUCUCCAGCAAGAAGGUGGCAAGGCACCUGCAUCAGUCAGGGGCCCUGACCAUGGAGGCCCUGCAGGAACCUCCCCCAGACCCCGUGGAGGGCAUGGAAGAGGACAUUGCUGACAAGGUUGUCUUCCUGGAGAAGCGAGUGUCAGAGCUGGAAAAGGACACGGCUGCCAACGGGGAGCAGCACAGCCGGCUGAGGCAGGAGAACCUCCAGCUGGUACACAGAGCCAACGCCCUGGAGGAGCAGCUCAAGGAGCAGGAGCUGAGAGCCUGCGAGAUGGUUCUGGAGGAGACACGCAAGCAGAAGGAGCUCCUGUGCAAGAUGGAGCGAGAGAAGAGCAUCGAGAUCGAGAACCUGCAGGCCAGGCUGCAGCAGCUGGACGAGGAGAACAGUGAGCUGAGGUCCUGCACGCCCUGCCUGAAGGCCAGCAUCGAGCGCCUGGAGGAGGAGAAGCAGAAGCUGCUGGAUGAGAUUGAGGAGCUGUCUCUGCGGCUCAGUGAGGAACAGGAGAACAGGAGAAAGCUGGGGGAUAGGCUGAGCCAUGAGAGGCACCAGUUCCAGAGGGACAAGGAGGCGACCCAGGAGCUGAUCGAGGACCUGCGCAAGCAGCUGGAGCAUCUGCAGCUCUUCAAGCUGGAGGCCGAGCAGAGGAGGGGCCGCAGCAGCAGCGCAGGCCUGCAGGAGUACAACAGCCGCACGCGGGAGAGUGAGCUGGAGCAGGAGGUCCGGAGGCUGAAGCAGGACAACCGCAGCCUGAAGGAGCAGAAUGACGAGCUCAACGGGCAGAUCAUCAACCUGAGCAUCCAGGGCGCCAAGAACCUCUUCUCCACAGCCUUCUCCGAGUCUCUGGCCGCAGAGAUUAGCUCUGUCUCCCGCGACGAGCUCAUGGACGCCAUCCAGAAGCAGGAGGAGAUCAACUUCCGCCUGCAGGACUACAUCGACAGGAUCAUCGUGGCCAUCAUGGAGACCAACCCGUCCAUCCUGGAGGUCAAGUAGUGCCACUCGGCGGGGCUCCAGCACAGCACGCACACGGCCUAGACCGAGGUCCCUCACCCACCCUGGAGCACACAGCUGGGCUGGGCAGGGCAGGGCGGGAGAGGAGGGAUGCUGGGACCAGAGCCCGUGGUGGCUCUGGCCUCUCGCUAUGCCCUCCUUUCUGCAGAGAAUGAGGGACAGUCUCUCAGGCUGGGGUGAACCCCUCUGUGACCUCUUCCACACUUCCUGCCUUGUCAGGGAAGAAAGGAAUGAAAUGGGUCCCCACCGGGGGUGCUGCUGCCUGUGCCCGCCAGGCACCCUGACCUGGUGCCAUCCAAGUCUCAGCCGCUCCUGGAUGGCUUGGAAGCCCCAGGACCCUGGCGCCAGAUAUGGUGGGGCAGGAGGAGGACAAGCAGGAGAGGCCAGUGUGUGUCAGGGUCUGGCCAGGAGCUGCAGGCCCCACCCCCCUCAGCUUUCCUGGAGCUGCUUAGGCUGGCACCCAACCAGAAGGGGCUCCUUGGUCCAGCUUCAGGCCCAGGGGCCUCUAGGCCAUGGGCCUGUGCUCACGGCCAGCCCCUCGCUGCAGUAACCCUGGGCGCUGACCCUCCUGUAUCUUGAGAGUCAUGGCAUGGAAUGUGCUGUCUGCAUCGGGUGGGUGUUGCUGUUUCCCUCUGACCCUGGGGGUUCAGGCAGGGCUGUGGCUCCCAGGGGUGUGUCCUCUCCUCCCUGUGCAGAUCUCCGCUGGCCCGAGGAAAGCAAACGUCUGGAACCAGUUUCCUCUGGGAGUUUGAGGUCUUUAGGAGUCGUCCUGUCUCCACAAGGUGCACUUUGCAGGAGGCUGGGGCAGGCAGGCUCUCACAAGUACACAGUUCAAGGCCUUCCUGGUGGCUUGGGGGCUCCUUCAAGGAAGCCCUUGCCCGGCACCUGCACUGCCAGGAGCAGCAGCAUCACCCACAGGGGCUGCUGGGCCUGCCCCCCGAGCCUGAGCACCAGCCAGGAGCCUCCGGGUGCUCCCAGGUGGGCCAAGACCCUGCACACAGGCGGGCCACUGCUGUGUGCGAGUGCAUAUGUGAGGGUGUAUGUGUGCGUGCGUGCGUGAGUGAGCGUGUGUGUGGCUCUGUGUCCCUCCACCCUCUACGUGGCCCACCUUCUACACUAAGAUUUAAGAUGUUGCCUCGUAUUGUAUAUUUUGGGGAAAGCUUUGGGUGUAAAUCAAUGUAAACUUGGAGGAGAGAUUUUUCUAUCGUGUAGAGUAGGUAUUUUUUAUAGAUUGAAGGUUGAUCAAUUUUUUAAUACUUCUAAGAGAGAAAACUAUCUGUGUAUACACAUGAAAUAUAUAUAUGUAUGAUAAUAAACACUGGAACUCUGCUCCCCGCCCUGCUGUGCCCCGCCACACAGACUGGGUCUGUUUCUGUGAACACAAGCUGCUCUGAGACCUUCACGCAGACGCCGGGCACUGGCUGGCACGCUGACCCUGUUUUCACCCUGUCGAGAAAGAUCUCCAGGCCGAGCGACAGUGGCCUGGAUGACGUAGAAGCUUGAGGCCAGGGGCCCCAGCACCGAUGAAAGUUGGUGCUGCAUCUGAGGAGGCUGAGGGGCGGGCCAGGAGCUCCCCAUGGCGUCAUCUGGGCUUGGACAGCAGGAGGCCUUCUGGUCCAGCCAACCCCUCCCAGAGGUGGCAGGAUUCCCCCUCCCGGCUGGGCCCACAGGGGAGUCCAACUGGGGAUGCUCCUGGGGCGGGGCGACGUGGUGGGGCCCCAGGGCCAUGUGUUCAUGGUAGGACACAGCCCCCAAGUGCAGCCUGGCUGCUGACAUGGUGCUGAGGGCCAGCAAGGCCAAAGUGGGUAGGGGCAGACAUAGAGUACCCAAAGGAAGACACAGGAAAGGCAAAGGCACCAUGGGAUUGGGCAAGAAAGGCUUGGCAGGGAAUCCAGGGAAGGAGAACUCAGGUGCCACUGCAGUCAUGGGGAUGCCACCAAGGAGCUUCUAAAGGUGAGUGACCAAAUCUGACUUGAAGGGGGGCUGUUAGCUAAAAGUCCCCCAAACUUGAUUCCCUGGCUCAGGCAUCUCCCACCUCCUAGCACUGAGCUACCUGUGUACCAGACACAGAUGGAGAAACUGAGGCCCCACCCGACCACCCAGUGGGGCAGAGAAGGGCUUGAGCCCAGGUCUGCUGCCCACUCAGCCCCCAGGUAAUGACAGGUUGGCCUGGCCUGC